GAAAAAUGGUAACAUGGCACGGGUACUCCCCAGUCUUACUCAAUCAUUUCAAUUCUUCAGCUACUUUUAAUCCGAAGGACGCUCGUCGACCUUGAGACCGUUAGGUGUUAAAUAUUUCUCCUGGCUGAUUCUCGUUCUCUUCCAAAUCCCUCAUCAUUGUUGAUUGUACAUAGUACUCAAUGUAAGUGUAUGCUGUGAGUUUUGAGGGUUCUGGGACUCAUCUGCCUCAGAAUUCGGGAUUUUUAUUUCCGCUCGCAUAUUUGUUUUCCGGAUUACUUCCUCAUUUUCGUAUACACUAGUUCAGGAACACUGUAAUUUUUCAUCUCCAAAUUAAAACACGAAUUUUCGCUCUUCUGAAGAAAGACAACGCAUAGACUAGACAUAAGCCUGUUGACGUCUGAAAUAUAUUUGCUAUGAUAUGCGACGAGGCUUUCAUAUCUUCGUCUUUAGAUAACAUGUCAAGCGAAAACGUCAGUUCCUGGCAUACUGACAUACAACCAGCAGUCCAGCAUCACAUCGACCUUAAGUCAAAAUUGUGGUCAAAAGAAAUUCAGUUGGAUGUUUGUGAUAGAUUUAGUCUUUCAACACUUCUUGAUUUUAUGAAUAUGAUUCGGAAUUUGUCGUCUACUCACAUAAAAAAUAAUCCUACAUCUGAAUCACCAGUGGAUCACACUUACUUGAGUCUCCCUUCCAGUGUUUGUUUGGACAAAACCUCACUGACAUUGCAUUAUCCUCUCAGUGAUUAUGGCUCUGUACACGAUAUUCUUUGUAAGAAAGAGGGCGGUUUGAACGAAAAACUGGUAUGCGCCAUUAUGGGCCGAGUAGUAUUGUGCCUUGACCAAUUGCAUAAUAGUGGUUUACUUCAUCGAGGUUUAUGUUCGAAACAUCUACUCUUCAAAAAAACGUUAGAUCCUAACUCAAAGUCUCAUAAAUUAAGUGUGGUUCUCUGCGGCUUGGGAAGUAUGGCACAGCUACCACCAUCCUGGAGUACUGUGGCGCGAAACGAUCUGCCCUUCCUUUAUGUUGCAUGGCGUGGUUGGAGGUUGCAUGAGUCGUCAGGAGGUGAAUCAUAUAGCCAUCCAGUAGCAUGGUACAGCCCGGAGUUAUUGGCACAGGAUUUUACUGGAUAUUCGUGGUCUUCAGAUAUAUACAGUUUAGGUCUUAUUUUGUACGAAAUAUUCACUGGUCAACCGCCAUAUAUAGGAUGUCCUCCUUCUCUUAUAUUCCUGAAAAAAAUGCUCCAGCUAGAUUUCCCUCAACUUCACUAUGUAAGUUAUUUUUCUAAAUAUAUAGACCCUCUUUAGUUGAAGAAAUUACGUUCAAGAGCAUAUGAUUUAAAAAAUAAAAACUGAUAAAUUUGUAUGUUAAUUAAAAGUAUUCGAAUUAAUGUACUAAGGAUUUACGAAAUAGUGCUAUGUAAGGCAGAUAGAACUAGAUGAGCACAAUUGGGCGUAUUAUAUUCAUGAUUCGUAAUCGGCGCCCAACCAUGUACCAAGGCGUCGUCAGUUGAUACAAAUACUACAAUUUGUCGACUGGGAUCUCCACUGCUUUCCAUCGGUAAAAUCAUGUGAAGAUGAAUUGUAUGCGAAUUGUACCUAAUGAAACUAAUCCGCCCAGUGCUGAAAUGGAGGCGAUCUACAAAGCUUGUACGCAUUAUGAUCCAAAACAACGUCCAUCUACAAAAGAUUUACUAAAUAUGCCAUGGAUACAAAAUGGUUUAAACAUAGUUAUCACAACUAGCGAGUUAGAUUCCUUACGUUGAAAUACUCAACUAAUCAAAACGGUAGUUUGAGCAAGUGACGUUCUCUAUAUUAGAAAACUUCUUUACAGUAAUAUUCUUUAUAUUUUUACAAUAUUUACAAUGAGUUUAUGAAUCGAGUGUACAGAUGUAUGUAUAAAUCAGAAUUAAUACAUGGUAGUCUAGUUUUU